AUGUGGAUUUAUCUGGUUGACAUUAAGGCGUGCGGUAGUCCACUUAAGGAAAUUCACGGAGCUAGUCAGCCACCGUCCACCUAUAUAAGUAUCGUCUACCUGCACGAUAAUCGGAAGGACCACAGUGCCAUUUUUUUACAUCUCCAUAUUGCAACGGCUGCUGCUACAAUGGCUGAAUCUACGAAUGUGAUGAAGGGAGCCGGAACGACCAAAGAAGAAAUCCAGGGGAAGGAAAAACAGGAGAGAGUUAUGAGUCCCGCCAGAGCAGCUUGUGGAAGUCAGGCCACCGCUUCACCCUCCAACAGCAACACAGUAUGCAAGCACGAGACAAGUCCAAUACAACAACCAUGUUGCUCCUACGAACCGACAACGGCCCAAUCUACUGACAAAGAAUAUCUGUUCGUGCCAUCCACGCCUGUCGGCAGAGAAGCCUACUCGCUUGCCAAAUCAGUCUUGCAUCCUGCAAUCCUCAAUCAUAGCAUCCGCGUCUACCUCUACGCCCGCGAUAUCGCCGCUGCUAGGAAAUCGGUAUACGACACCGAUCCUGUCAAACGGGAUCUUUUAUUCACCGCGUGUAUUCUGCAUGACAUCGGCACCGCGGACAUGUACAACGGAAAAUGUCGCUUCGAAGUCGAAGGCGCUGACGCGGCCGUCGCGCUCCUAUCCGAACUAGGUGUCGAUGAGCAGGGCAAAGGAGAAGUCUGGAUGGCGAUUGCGCUUCACACCACCCGCCAGAUAGUUCAGCGUAUGGGUGGAAUGUGCGCAAUUGUGAGGACUGCCGUCGAGAUUGACUUCGGUGUGACGACGCAGCUGGAAGAAAUUCCCAAGGUAGACGAGUACAAGGCAAAGUGGGAGGCAGUAUAUGGCAGAAUGGACAUUGAAAAGGUGCUGGGCGACGCCGUGGUGGCGCAGGUGGUUGAAAAUCCGGAAAAAGCGCCGAAUGAUAGUUGGGCAGGAGUUAUGUACAAAUCCUAUCUGGAGAAUCCGGGAUGGGAAGGCGUGAAUAAGGCAUUCUGA